CAGAGUCACCAGUGGGGUGCCAACAGGACCUGCUGAUUGCAAAGUGUGGUGCCAACAGUAUGCCCAAGCAAGUGGAAGUCCGGAUGCAUGAGAGUCACCUGAGCUCAGAGGAACCCAAACGCAGAAACUUGUGCCUGAGGAUAUGGGACAAUCUCGGGAAGAACCUUCUACUUUCUUUGACGGUAUCUGGUGUCAUCCUGGGAGCUGUAUGUGGAGGUCUUCUUCGCUUGGCGUCCCCCAUUCACCCCGAUGUGGUCAUGUUAAUAGCAUUUCCAGGAGACAUCCUCAUGAGGAUGUUAAAAAUGCUCAUUCUCCCUUUAAUCAUCUCCAGCUUAAUCACAGGUCUCUCCGGCUUGGAUGCUAAAGCCAGUGGCCGCCUGGGGACAAGAGCCAUGGUCUACUACAUGUCUACCACCAUCAUUGCUGCUGUUCUAGGAGUCAUUUUGGUCUUAGCCAUCCACCCAGGGAACCCUAAGCUGAAGAAGCAGCUGGGACCUGGGAAGAAGAAUGAUGAAGUGUCCAGCUUGGAUGCCUUCCUUGACCUUAUCCGAAACCUGUUUCCUGAAAACCUUGUCCAAGCAUGUUUCCAACAGAUCCAAACAGUGACCAAGAAAGUGAUGGCCACCCCUAAACCCAACGAAGAAGUCAAUGCCACCGGCUCCAUCCUCUCUCUGCUGAAUGACACCAAGACCGAGGUCCCCGAGGAAACCCAGCUGAUUAUUAAGAAAGGCUUGGAGUUCAAGGAUGGGAUGAAUGUCUUAGGUCUGAUAGGUUUCUUCAUCGCUUUUGGCAUUGCCAUGGGGAAGAUGGGAGAACAGGCCAAGCUGAUGGUUGAUUUUUUCAAUAUCCUGAAUGAAAUUGUCAUGAAAUUAGUGACCAUGAUCAUGUGGUAUUCUCCCCUGGGUAUCGCCUGCCUCAUUUGUGGGAAAAUCAUUGCCAUCAAGGACUUGGAAGUGGUCGCCAGGCAACUGGGGAUGUACAUGGUCACCGUGAUUGUGGGUCUCAUCAUCCACGGAGGCAUCUUCCUCCCUUUGCUUUAUUUCGUGGUGACCAGGAAAAACCCUUUCUCCUUUUUUGCUGGCAUUUUUCAGGCCUGGAUCACAGCCCUGGGCACAGCUUCCAGUGCCGGUACGUUGCCUGUCACUUUUCGUUGCCUGGAAGAAAACCUGGGGAUUGAUAAGCGUGUGACCAGAUUUGUUCUCCCAGUUGGAGCAACCAUUAACAUGGAUGGGACAGCGCUAUAUGAAGCCGUAGCAGCCAUCUUUAUUGCCCAGAUGAAUGGGGUGGUCCUGGAUGGUGGGCAGAUCGUAACCGUGAGCCUCACAGCCACCCUGGCCAGUGUUGGAGCCGCCAGCAUCCCCAGCGCCGGGCUGGUCACCAUGCUUCUCAUCCUAACGGCUGUGGGCCUCCCAACACAGGACAUCAGCCUACUUGUUGCUGUUGACUGGCUCUUGGAUAGGAUGAGAACUUCUGUCAAUGUUGUAGGGGAUUCCUUUGGGGCCGGCAUCGUCUACCACCUGUCUAAGGCUGAGCUGGACAGCAUUGACUCACAGCACCGAGGGCACGAAGACAUAGAAAUGACCAAGACUCAAUCAAUUUAUGAUGACAUGAAAAACCAUAGGGAAAACAACUCAAAUCAGUGUGUUUACUCAGCACACAACUCUGUCAUAGUAGAUGAGUGCAAGGUCAUACUGGCAACCAAUGGAAAGUCGGCAGACUGCCAUGGUGAGGAAGAACCCUGGAAGCGGGAUCACUAAAGCACAGAAACAGACUCCGAGCUCCACCUUGAAUAAACUCUCCGAAGUUAUCCAAUGGUAAAAGAUGAUAUAAAGAUUAAGCAAAAACAUCCCUUAAAAAAGAUAUAUAAAUAUGCUUACUUAAUUUGUUAACUGAGCCUAGGAGGAGGUGUCAUAAAGCAGCCUUUGUAAGCACAGGGCAGUGUCUUUGCCAAAUAACUGGCCGUAACCAUUUAACCCUCUCCAUUGUAUUACUGUUUGGAUGGAGGCAGCUGGAGGAAUCGGUUUGCAUUAGAGAUGCCCUCUCACUGGUGCCCCCCGGCACUCAAACUGUAGAAAGAAUGGGUUAUUUCUACAGAGAAUGUGAAAAUACGGUGAAGCCAGUGUGGGGAACUGCAGGGACUCUGGGCACAAAGAAAUUGGGAUGUGCUACCAACUUAAAGUAUUUUCCUUGUUUCCUCUUGGGAUGCACAAGAGAUACCACCAGCAAGCUUCGUCUAGUUGAAAUUCCUCUUCCAACUUUUACACGUGUUUGACUCAAAGCAAGCACCUGCUGCUGUGAAUGCUGACUACUUAUCUUCUGGGUGCCCUUUAAAUUAAGUGUCUCCAAAUCAUUUUUAAAAAAGACU